UAAUAAAUCUGUGGUAAUAAAUGUGAUGUUUUGUUUUGUGGUUUUAUUAAAUAAAUAAUAUUAACUCUCACUCAUAAUGGGGCUCGAUGAUGGACAAUUGGAAUUGAACAGUCCAAACGGGACAUAUUAUUCGGGCCAGACAGUUCAAGGAAAGCUGAUAAUUCAACAAGACAAGGUUAAAAUUUUUCGCGGCAUAUACGUGAAAUUAAAAGGCUUCUGCUAUGUACAUUGGACCACAAGACGCUCGAAAACAGUGAACGGCAAAAAAGAAUAUCGUACUAUAAACCAUAGUGCACAUGAGGAAUAUAUCAAUUACAAGGUCUACUUGGUUGGUGGUGAAUCAGGGGAGCGCUCAACUGGACCAGGCAGGUAUGAAUAUCCGUUCCACUUCCGUCUGCCUGACAACUGUCCAGCGUCAUUUGAAGGACAGUACGGUCACAUCCGGUAUGAGAUCAAGGCAGUGGUGGACGGUGCCCUCCAGUUGGACCAGGAGAAGAAGAUUGCUGUUAGAGUUGUGGCUCCUGUGGAUCUCAAUUUGGAUCCUUAUUGUAGAGAGCCCAUAGAGAUACAGAUGGAAGAGAUCUACCGCUGCUGCUGCAUCAGUUCAGGAGCCUGUGACGUGUCGGUCAACCUGCCCGUGUCGGGCUACUGUCCUGGGCAGGUCAUCCCUGUCGAGCUGGUCUGCAACAACAGGGGCAGGGUGCAGAUUAACGACAUCAAGCUCUGCCUUAUGAAGAACGUGACAUACAUAUCGAUAAAUCCGAACGCGACCGCAGAGAACGGGCGACAGCCCAGUCGAUAUAAGUGUAUGGACAGAGUGGUGGAGAUCAAGAAGGGGCCCAUACCUGGCAACACCAACCGCAACUGGACCGUAGAGAUGGAGGUGCCUGCCAUGGACGUGUAUGAUUUAUCUGGAUGCCAGUAUAUCAAACUGGAGUACGCAUUCAAAGUUAUCAUUAACCCCAAAGGAUGCCACACUGACACUGAAGACUUCCGUAGGAUCGUAAUAGGGACCAUCCCACUCGUGGGAUACCAGGAUAACAUACGGAACCCACUGCAAGAUCAACUGCCCCUAUCAAUGCCUGAAAAAUCUUCCUACCCACCUACGACCAACACAUACCCCGAGGAUAACCCACCUUUCCCAAACCCAGGACCGUAUCCCGGAAGUUCGCCGUUCCCUCCCGCCAAUUCUUACCCAAAUAGUGACAAACCAAAUGCAUCAUAUCCUCAAUCAAGUUCACCAUACCCUCCUAACAGCUCAUCGUACCCCUCUGCAAAUCCAUCGUACCCUAAUGUAACUCCUUACAUGGAUAAUCCUCCGCCUUACCCUGGUAAUUUAACUGAUCCUGGAUCCAAUCCAACUUACCCUAGUGAAAAGUCACCUUUCCUUGAUGCAAAUUUGCGUAACCCUGGUGCAAAGGUGGAUCCCGGAUCAAAUUCGCCAGGUGGUGGAUCUGGAAUGAAUUUGCCUCUUUUGCCACCUAAUAAUCCUGUUUCGCCGCGACCUGUGAGCCCGUACGCCGCUGCCAGCGCGCCCGCACUCCACUCGCCCGACAUCGCAGAAAAAGAUUAA